AUGGCAAAUACAGGGAAUCACCUAAUUGAGGGAAAAGCUGGGCCAUCUGAAAUGAGUACAACACCAAUUGCUGGUAUCCCAGUACAAACAGUUGUAGGAUCAAACACUCCUGAAGAUGUGUCUUCAGAACCAUUGGGACCAUUAGAAGAUGCAUCACCUUCAGAGCCAUUAGAACUGGUAGCUCAAGUGGCUCCUUCACAGUCACUAAAAAUCGAGUUUCACCACAGUUCUGGCAUUGCACCAAAGAUAGCCCCAUUUGAAAUGGGAACAUCACACUUUGAUGCAAAGACUACUCCAAAUACCAACCCAUUUUCAAAUCCUUGGGCACCCUUUGUGACCAAGGCAGACUUUGAAUUCGCAGAGCUGGUGACUGGGGAUAACUGCUCAAUUCACUCAAUAGAAACACACAUUAAAAUCCAUAUGCAAAGUCCCCAGCCAGCCAUCACCUUUACUACUCAUAAAGAAUUUGAAAAAACACUCAACAAAGCUGCAGAGCUUCUUACAAAUGUGUGCCCCAUUCCAAACCUAUAUUUCUCACAGCUGAUGUGA